AUGAGGCCAAUCAAAUUAAUGGGACAUGAGCGUUCCUUGACCCAAGUCAAAUACAAUAGAGAAGGUGAUUUGAUACUUUCUGUGUCAAAAGAUAACUCGGCAUCUGUUUGGUUCUCUUCAAAUGGCGAGAGACUUGGUACAUUGGAGGGCCACCGUGGUACUAUUUGGUCUAUUGCUGUUGACAGCGAUUCCAAGUUCUGUGUAACGGGAAGUGCAGAUUUGACUAUAAAGUUAUGGAAAGUUGAAACUGGAGAAUGUGUUUAUACAUGGGAAAUGCCAACACCUGUUAGAAGAGUAGCAUUUUCUUCCGACAACAAAAGAUUUUUGGCUGUUACCGAUCAAGUUAUGGGACAGUUGGGAACAAUUUCAAUUUUCGACAUUAACAGAGAGGGAGAUGGUACAAACCAGGCGCAAGAACCUUCGUUGGUAAUCACAACUAGGGAAGACGCUACAAAAGUGACGGUGGCGGAAUGGUCUUUUGAUGACUUGAUCCUUGCCGGCCAUGAUAACGGAUUUAUUUCAAAGUAUGACGGGUCAACGGGUGAGUUUAUUCAGACUGCUCAAGCACAUGGAAUCCAUAAUGAAGAAAAGAGUUCUUCAAUUUCAGAUAUACAAUUGGCACCAGAAGAUGGAUCAUACUUAAUCACGUCCUCCAAGGAUAAGUGCGCCGCCCUUAUAGAUGUAGAGACUUUGAAGAUCAUGAAGGUGUAUAAAGCCGAUGCACCGAUGAACACAGCAGCUAUAACUCCAAUCAAGGAUUUCGUAAUAUUAGGUGGUGGUCAGGAAGCCAGAAAUGUUACCACAACCGCUGAAUCUCAAGGUAAGUUUGAAGCAAGAUUUUACCAUAAAAUAUUUGAAGAUGAAAUUGGCCGUGUCAAAGGUCAUUUUGGUCCUUUAAACAGUGUGGCUGUCCACCCCGAUGGAACUGGAUACGCAAGUGGAGGAGAAGAUGGUUUCAUUAGAGUACAUGUAUUUGACAAGUCCUACUUUGACUUUUAUUUUGAUGCUGAGAGGACAGAAAGAGCUAUUGCUUCAGGGGCUACUUAG